UAUUUUGAGUGGGAGAUGAAGGUUGAACAAAUUUUUGAAUGCUACCACAUUGAUGAUAGGAGGAGAGUGACUUUAGCCACCUUGACCUUUCAAGGUGCAGCCCUCUAUUGGUGGACAUCCAUCAUGAGAGANCAAAGGAUGCAUGGUGACUACACAAUUCAAUAUUGGAAUGAGCUGAAAGCAGCCUUACACAAGCGACAUGUCCUGGCCUACUAUGCAAGAGAAGUCAUGGACAAGCUUCAUCGACUUCAACAAAGAAACAUGAGUGUUGAGGAAUACAAACAAAAGUUAGAGUUACUCAUGUUGAGAGNUGGGAUCAAAGAAGAGGAGAGAUUCCCCAUAGCUAGAUUCCAGAGUGGAUUAAACUAUGACAUUCGAGAUAAGGUAGAACUUUUACCUUACUUAGAUCUAAAUGAUUUUGUCCAGCUAUGUGUGAGAGUAGAAGAACAAAAUAGGAGAAAAGCUUCCACCAAGAGAACCUACCCUACCACAUNAUCAUAUAAGAGAGAUUUUAAGAGGGAGGGUAGCUUUCCAAGAUAUGAGGAAACAAAGGAGAGAGAGCGAGAAAGACCACAAGACAAGCUCAAAGGCAAAGAUAGAGAGCUAAAAANAGACAAAGAAAGCUAUAAGGGAAAAGAACAAAGGACUUCAAGAGAGCCACCUAGAGAUACCAAGGGUAGAGAGACUAGAUGUUUCAAAUGUGGAGCAAGAGGACANUAUUCAAAUGAGUNUCACUUCAAAAAGUCAACCUAUAUCCUUGAACAUGAGAGUCCAAGUGAGGAGUCCUCUUCUAGCGCAUCUGAGUUGUCCUCAUCUGAGGAGGAACAUGAAGCUCCACCUUGUGAUGGAGAUCUUCUCAUGGUUAGAAGACUCCUUGAAGCAAAGCAUGAUGAGUUAGAACAGACUCAACGAGAAAACCUCUUCCACACUCGCUGUAAAGUUCUUGAUAAAACCUGUUCUAUGAUUGUGGAUAGUGGUUCUUGUUGUAAUUGUUGUAGCUCUAGAAUGGUUGAAAAGCUAGGCUUAACUCCUAACCCUCAUCCUAACCCUUACAAACUUCAAUGGAUAAAAGAGGAUGAAGGAAUAGUUGUUAAGGAACAAGUAAGUGUUCCCAUUUCCAUAGGCAAGUAUGAAGAUCAAAUCAUUUGUGAUAUUGUUCCAAUGGAAGCGGGUCACAUCUUACUUGGACGGCCUUGGCAAUUUGAUAAACAAUUUGAUGAUUUAUUUCCUAAAGAGGUUCCAAGUGGAUUACCACCUGUUAGAGGAAUUGAACAUCAAAUUGAUUUGAUUCCUGGUGCCAGCCUUCCCAAUAGGCCAGCUUAUAGGACUAACCCCACAGAAACCAAAGAGAUAGAGAAGCAAGUUAAUGAUUUAUUGGGAAAAGGGUGGAUACAAAAGAGCCUCAGCCCUUGUGCGGUGCCAGUAUUGUUAGUCCCUAAGAAAGAUGGUUCUUGGCGAAUGUGCUUCAAAGUGGGAAAAGAAGGUGUACAUGUUGAUCCUAGCAAAAUCAAAGCUAUCCAAGAGUGGCCUAUCCUAAGAACAGUAGGAGAGGUAAGAAGUUUUCUGGGUCUAGCAGGUUUCUAUAGACGUUUUGUAGAAAAUUUCUCAACCAUUGUUGCUCCCCUCAAUGAACUUUUAAAGAAGGAGGUGCCAUUGAAAUGGGAUGAAAAACAAAGUCUAGCCUUUGAGACCUUGAAGCACAAGUUAACACAUGCACCCAUUCUACAUUUACCUGAUUUUUCCAAAGCUUUUCAAGUAGAAUGUGAUGCUUCUGGGGUAGGAAUAGGAGCUGUGCUUAUACAAGAAGGUCACCCUAUAGCUUAUUUUAGUGAAAAACUUAAAGGGCCUACAUUGAACUAUCCUACCUAUGACAAAGAACUUUAUGCCCUUAUUCGAGCAUUUAAAACUUGGGAGCAUUACUUGGUGUCUAAAGAGUUCAUCAUCAACAUUGACCAUGAAUCUCUCAAGUAUAUUAAAGGGCAAGGAAAGCUGAACAAGCGACAUGCAAAGUGGAUCGAGUACCUUGAGCAGUUUCAAUAUGUCAUCAAACAUAAAAAGGGGAGUACUAAUGUUGUUGCGGAUGCUUUAUCUAGAAGACAUGCAUUACUAGGAUAUCUUUUUAAUAAAGGAAAACUAUGUAUACCCCAAGGAUCCAUUCGAAAGCUUCUUAUCAAAGAAAGUCAUGGAGGAGGACUCAUGGGCCAUCAUGGAGUUGAUAAAACUCUUCAUACUUUGAAAAACAAAUUUUAUUGGCCACACAUGAGGAUAGAUGUCCAAAAGCAUUGUUCUAGUUGCAUAACUUGUUUACAAGCUAAGUCUAAAGUAAUGCCUCAUGGACUCUACCUUCCUCUUCCAAUAGCUAGUACCCCUUGGGAAGAUAUUAGUAUGGAUUUUGUCCUAGGACUACCAAGAACUCAAAAGGGGUUUGAUUCAAUCUUUUUGGUAGUUGAUAGAUUUAGUAAAAUGGCUCAUUUCAUACCUUGCCACAAAGUUGAUGAUGCUAGCUACAUAGCAAAACUCUUCUUUAAAGAAGUAGUCAAAUUACAUGGCUUACCCAAAACUAUAGUUUCUGAUAGAGAUGUUAAGUUCCUUAGCUAUUUUUGGAAAACACUUUGGGCCCAGCUAGGAACUAAACUACUAUUUUCUACUACAUGUCACCCACAAACUGAUGGGCAGACNGAAGUAGUAAAUAGAUCUCUAUCCACUCUAUUAAGGGUAAUAUUGAAGGGCAAUAUUAAAAAUUGGGAUGAUCAUCUACCUCAUAUAGAGUUUGCUUAUAAUAGAGUAGUUCACAAAACUACUAAACUUUCUCCUUUUGAGGUUGUUUAUGGUUUUAACCCUCUCACACCUCUUGAUUUAAUUCCUCUUCCCUUAGUUUGGCUUCACUUGAGAAAGGAAAGAUUUCCUUCUCAACGUAAAUCCAAAUUAAGCCCUAGAGGUGAUGGUCCUUUCAAAGUUAUCAAAAANAUCAAUGAUAAUGCAUAUCAGUUAGACCUUCCUGAAAGUUAUGGCGUCAGUCCUACUUUUAACAUUUGUGACUUAAUUCCUUUCACAGGAGAUGCCCAACAGGAUGUCCAAGAUCUGAGGACAGAUCUUUUUCAAGAGGGAGGGACUGAUGGAGGACCAUCCAAGCUCAACAUAGGACCCUUAACUCGAGCCAUGUCCAAAAGAAUACAAGAAGAAGAGGGAGUUCUCACAACUUUAUUCUUAUGGAGUAUUAAUUACUAA